UUUCCCGAGAGACUACAUUUCCCAGAAUGCCCGGCGGGCCAGGAAGGCACGUGCAGCGGCGUGCCCUAGGACCCGGCGGGAGGCAAGAUGGCGGGCUCGCGGUGAGCGGACGUCAAGGGAUGAAAAAAAGGUAUGCCUAGAAGCAAAUUUUGAAAGCAUUUUCUCUUCAAAUCUUUUUCUAUACCACCUGAUAAGCAUCUUGAUUCACCAUGGCCGUAUCAGCAGUGAAAUGGGUGAUAUCCAACAGAACUAUUUUGAAACAUUUAUUUCCAAUCCAAAAUGGAGCUUUAUACUGUGUUUGUCAUAAAUCCACAUACUCUUCUCUUCCAGAUGACUAUAAUUGCAAAGUAGAACUUGCUUUGACAUCUGAUGGCAGGACGAUAGUUUGCUACCAUCCUUCUGUGGAUAUUCCAUAUGAACACACCAAGCCUAUCCCUCGGCCAAAUCCUGUGCAUAAUUAUGAAGAAACACAGGAUCAAAUACUGAAAACCAGAUUAGAAGUAAAAGAAGAACACUUAGAGCAAGGACCCAUGAUAGAACAACUUAGCAAAAUGUUCUUUACUACUAAGCACCGUUGGUAUCCUCAUGGACAAUUUAAAAAGUUAAAAAAACAAUUUUAACUCAGAUCAACUUGCCAAAAUCUGGCUUUAGGGGAAUUUUUUUGAAGACAACUUAUCACCAAAACUGCAUCUACUUUGCAGAAAUUUUCUUAACUCAAUAAAAAAAUAAGAUAAUGCAUAGAAGCAAAAAAGAAAAAUUAUUCAUGGUGAAAUUACUCUAAGAUGAUCACUGCUAACUAUGCAUUUUAUUUUACUUCGUAUUUUUACAUAAGUUGUGUUAGUUUGCUUUAUAUGAUUUUAUUUAUACUGAAUUUAAAUUUGCAUCCUGUAUUUCCCCCUACCCCAAUUAAAAUUUUAACUAUUUUUCUAUAUUGCUUUAGGAUAGAUUUCCAGAAGAGGAAUUACUAGAUCAAAAGUUAUGCCUAUUUAAGAAUU